CGAGGGUUUUUUUAUUUGUACUUGCAUCUCACGAUCAUUAGAUCCAGGGUUUUGAGGUGUUUUAUUUUUUUUAUAGGACUUGGAGUUGGCUGGAACAUUGAUGAGACCAAGUGGGCUAUUCCUGGCAGAUUUAGCAAAGCAAAAUCUACUAACAGAAGAGAAUUUUGGGUCGGUAGACCGGGUUUUUAUCGUCUGUGAUGAAGAUAAGCUGUUGAAUGAAGAUCUGCAGAGAUGGUUCAUUGAGAAGAGUCCACCCAAGGAGGUGAAGGUGAUAGAAGGGGCAGACCACUUGGUACCAUUGUCAAAGCCAAAGGAACUCUGCUUAUGUCUCUUAGAAAUUGCUGACAAAUAUAAUUAGGUAGUAAUGGUUGGGUUAUGGUUGAAUAAGUUUACUCUCCCUCAUGUGGUCUCAUGGUAAUUGCUUGUAUUUUCAAUUACAAAUUUAGAGUUCAAUUCUUAAUAAGUAUCAAGAAAAAAUGGUUGAAUAAUCUCAUUAUGAUCUU